GCCGCGCGCGACACUGGCAACGACGCAGUGCGCCCCGCGCGCGGCAUGCUGGGGAUCGUAGUUUUCUUCCAGCCCCAGCGGCCCUCCGGGUGGCAAGGUGGGAUGGAUGUCAAUGGGAAGGACCAGAAACCUCCGCGGAGCAGCGGUCACUUGAAUUCAUGAUUUUGGGGGCGCUCGCUGGACAACGGGCGCUCGAGCCAUCAAGGCCCGUCCCGCGCCCAGAUGCAGCCCACGCCCUCCAUGGCCACCGCCGCCAGCGCCGCGGCCACGGCCGCGCUGACCUCGAGGUGGGACAACGCCACCGGCAGCCCCACCGCGGAGCCCGACCCGGUGGGGGACAACUACGUGCUGCUGGUGGUGGUCCUGUCGCUGUUCGUGGGCGGCACGCUGGUGGUGCUGUCGGGGGUGCUGCUCCUGUGCAAGCGCUGCUGGGAGGUCCACCGGCGCUUCGACAGGGCCACCGAGGAAGCCGAGAAGACCACCACCACCUACCUGGACAACGGCGCCCACCCAGCCCAAGACCCCGACUUCAGGGGGGAGGACCCGGAGGGCCAGGACGCGGAGACGGAGCGCUUCCUGUCCACGAGCUCCACGGGCCGCCGGGUGUCCUUCAACGAGGCGGCCCUGUUCGAGCAGAGCCGGAAGUCGCAGGACAAGGGCCGCCGGUACACCCUGACGGAGGGGGACUUCCACCACCUGAAGAACGCCCGCCUCACCCACCUGCACCUGCCACCCCUCAAGAUCAUCACGAUCCACGAGUGCGACUUGGGUGAAGCCAGCGCAACGCCCCCCCCCCACGCCGUCGCGGCCCCCAAGGCCAACCUCGCCAUAUUCCAGCCCCCGGGGAAGGCCCUCACCGGCCGCUCCGUGGGCCCCAGCUCCGCCCUGCCAGGUGACCCCUACAGCUCAGCCGUGGGCCCUGCCGACUUCGAGAUCAGCCCCUUGGCAUCCAGCGACUGCGGGGAAGGCACCCGGGUGAGGGCCCCCGAGCGGCCCCCGCCCUCCCUGCCCCCUUCCAGGACAGAGUCCGACGCAGGUACGAGGAGCGCCAUGGCCGUGGGGCCGGGGGCCACGAGCGGGCCCGGGGAGGCCGGCCCAGGCUCCGGGGCAGGACCUGUCCUGCAGUUCUUCACUCGCCUGCGGCGCCACGCCAGCCUGGACGGGGCGAGCCCCUACUUCAAGGUCAAGAAAUGGAAGCUGGACCCCAGCCAGCGGGCAUCCAGCCUGGAUACCAGAGGCUCCCCCAAGCGGCACCACUUCCAGCGGCAGCGGGCAGCCAGUGAGAGCACGGAGCAGGAGGAGGGCGACGCCCCCCACAUGGACUUCAUCCAAUACAUCGCCAGCGCAGGCGACACUGUGGCCUUCCCGCCCCCCCACCCCUUUCUGGCCAGCCCCACCAGCCCAUCCCCCACUCUCGGCAGGCUAGAGGCAGCCGAGGAGGCGGGCGCCGCGGGAGGAGCGAGCCCCGAGUCCCCCCAAGAGCGCAGCGGCGCGGGCGAGCAGCAGGAAUCUGAUGGUGAGCGGGACUCGGGCCCAGAGCAGGCCCAGACCAUCUACCGGGACAUCUGGAGCCUGCGCGCCUCGCUCGAGCUGCACGCGGCUGCCGCCUCGGACCACAGCAGCAGCGGCAACGACCGCGACUCGGUGCGCAGCGGCGACAGCUCGGGCUCGGGCUCGGGCUCCGGGACCGCCGCGCCCACGUUCCCGCCGCCGUCGCCGUCGCCGCCGCCCCCGCCACGGCCCGCGGACAGCGAGGCGGGAGGGCCGCGGAAGCUGCUGCAGAUGGACAGCGGCUACGCCAGCAUCGAGGGCCGCGGCGCGGGCGAGGACGGGCUCCCCAGCGCGUCCGAGAAGCGCUCGUCCUUCACCAGCGCCGGCCGCACGACCACCCUGGGCAGCAGCUUCGAGGCGGCGCCGGCGUCCACCGAGGCGCCCGCCCGGCCCCGCAGCCCGCGCGCCUGGCCCCGCCGCGCCCCGCGCCGCGACUACAGCAUCGACGAGAAGACGGACGCGCUCUUCCACGAGUUCCUGCGCCACGACCCGCACUUCGACGACGCGCUGCCCUGCGCCGCCCGCCACCGCGCCCGCGCGCACCCGCACCCGCACCCGCACGCGCGCAAGCAGUGGCAGCGCGGCCGGCAGCACAGCGACCCCGGGGCGCGCGCCGUCCCCGCCGCGCCCGCGGCCCCCUUCGGCCCCGACCCGCGCCCCCCACGCGCGCCCCUGCGCCGCGGCGACAGCGUCGACUGCCCGCCCGAGGGCCGCGCGGGCGAGGACCCCGCCGUGCCCGCCAUCCCGGUCAUCGAGGAGGAGCCCGGCGGCGGCGGGCCCCCGGGGACGCUGCUGGACAAGCUGGCGGCCGGCCUCGAGGACAGACUGUUCCCGCCGCGCGGCGCCCAGCCCCUCGCCGCGGCCCCCGCGCUGGCCGUCGCCGCCGCGCCCACGCGCUCGGCCGCGGCCUCUCCUGGGGGGCGGACCGGAGGGGGCGGGCAGGCCGCGCGGGGGCACCGGACAGCCCCGGCCCGGCCCACGGAGCCCGCGGGCGGGGGCGCCGACCCCCGAAGCUGUUUACCUCACCGCGGCAUGUGCUCGCGGCAGUCCGCGCCCCCCGCGCCCCCUCCGAGCAAUAAGCCGCCCCCGCCCGCGCCCGCGCCGCCCCGAGCAUGA